AUGCCUCCCACCAGCCACCAGCCAGAGAAAGGUCAUGCUGGGUCUGAGCCCCAUUCUUUCGAGCCUCUCGACAGCCGUUCUGGCCUUCCUCCCGUUCUCGAUGCUAUCCUCCAGGUUGGAGACGAAGGCGAGCAACUCGACCGAAGCUUGAGGUCGGCCCUGAGCCAGCGGUCUGCCCGAGAACAACACCGGAUACGAUCCUUCGCUCACAGCCUCUGCCAUCAUUUCGACAGCCUGUGCGGGAACGCUCUGAGCCCGGUGAUCCAAGAAGUCGACGUCGAAUAUAGACAGAGUCAUGAACAACCUGACGGCAGCGAUGUCAGAGUCCGAGGUGGUGUUGCGUUUGGAUCUGCCACGAGGCCUCCGAGCUCUAUUCAGCCAGCACACAUUGCCGAGAAUGAGGAUAACAGCAUCGUGCUCAAUAGAUGCAACAGGCUGUCGAGCAGCGACACACACCCACGCGCAGUCCACAAGCAGUCCUCCUUUCAGCCAACCGACGGUGGAAGUUCGCUGCCAAUCCACGUUGAAAAGGUGGAUGAGGGAGACACAUUGACUUCCGAACCUUUCUGUACCGCGAUUUUCAUGCCCAUCAACGUGGCGCCCAGAAUCGAAACCAUGCCUCCUGAAACGACACCCUCCCCGACCAACCCCGCAAGAGAAACGUCCCAAAGGCUGAUAAACUAUAUCGAGCGGGGCUGCCUUUGCCUUUUGGAUCAGCCCAUGGAUGACUUCAUCCAUGGCAGUCACGAGCAGGUCCGGCUUUCCAGUUUUCCAGGGAACCCGCGAGCAACCUACAGGGCUUUGUUCGACUCUCUCAGAAGCAAGGCAGAGGGUAGGGCCCAGUGGUCGCACGGUUCGGCGUGGGUUUCCCUGCUAGAGUCAAGUGACGGAGAGCGAAAGAAAGCGGCCAUCUUCUAUGCGCUGACGGCCAUCGCCUUCGUUAGAUGGUACGCAUCUCAAGAGCACCUCAUCGGCAGUUCGGUGGCACCCGAGGAAGCCGCCCAAGGAGUGUUGGCGAGGGCUCUUGGUCCCAAGCCCAAAGAUGACGAGAACAGCAAGGAGGGAUGGGAACGACGCCGAAAGAGGCUCGACAAGCACCUGACCCGUGGACGGAAGUGGUCGCGGCUGGUGAAGGACCUCGGCUUCGGUAUCCUGCUCAAGGAUGCGUGGCAACUCGCCAACUCCCCAGAGGUGACAUUGGAAACGCUGGUCAGAGGGCUGCUAGGCAGCCCGGAGAAGAUGGCCGUCUUGCGGCUCCUGGAGGCCCAGGUGGCAUUGCUCUUGGAGACAGGCAGGACGAGCCCAGACAAGUUCCGCCAUGACGUAAGGAGCGCAAGCCUGUCGUCCCCAAGCCCAGCGCUGUCUGCCGCAUGUGUCGAGCUUGGCACCUUGUCUGAGCAGAUCCGAGACUCCAUCACUGGCAACAUGCUCCUUGUCGAGGGCACUGACUUCCUUUUCGGCGUGGACUCGCUCCGAAGGCUGAGUGGGAGGACGUGGCUUAAUGAUGAGGUCAUACUCGCUUGCCUACACCUAUCUGAUAAACUUGCGUUUGUCCGCGUCGGCUUCUCUGUUUCAAUCCAUCAGCAGAUGCAGGCCCACAGCUUGAUGCAGCGCCCGUUCGAGAGGGUUGUGGAGCAGAUGGCGAAAUGGCAUCGCCAGGUGGAGGCAGGAACCCGCCUGGUCUGCUUCUUUCCUCUCUUCCAGAGCCAGAGCCACUUUAGCCUCCUCGAAAUCAACGAGAGGGAAGAGUCUAUCUUCCACUAUGACUCGAUGGGCGAAACAGAAGACAGUGAUAUCAAGGUUCGCAGAGAGAUAUGUGAGAAAGAGCUCCCUCGUCUUCGAUACAUCGAGAAGGUGGGUGCCCUGCAUGUCAGUAUUUUGGAAAUUUAA